AUGAAGAAUUGGGUGAGAUUGUCGAUCGGAGUGGAGAGGUCGAUGCUAGAAGACGCUUUCGUGAGGCUCAAAGGCUUCUUCGCUCGCCAUGGUUUUCAUUUUCUCUCUCGAUUGCAAAAGCUCUCACCGAUCCUUCUGAAUCGGGGAAUCGGAAUCCGUCAAGGUCUUUUAGGGGUGGAACUCGAGUUUACGGCGAAGUUCUGUUUCACGGCGGGAGGAGGGAUUUACAGAGCUCCGGCAUUGUUGGUGAAGACGGUUGUAGCAGGGAAAGGCCAUGAAGCAUAUCAGCUUGAAGGUGAUAAGAAAGAGUUUUAUGAUGAUCGAGAAGAAUGCCGGGAAGCAUUACAAUAUGUCGAUGAGCUUCACCAAGCUAGAAUAGACACAAGCGAGUUCCCAUGGCGGGUUGUCAACUUCAACAGUAUCGUCGAGUGCAAAUCUAGCGUCUCAGACGAAAAAUGGGAUGAGAUUAACUUCGAGCUCGACAAUGGAAAGUAA